AAAUUGUGAUUGAUUAAAAGAUUUGUUUCGAGUGUAACUCCGAUUUACAGACAACUUUUAUGGCCCUUGGGUCCGGUGACCCCACAGAAACGGUCUCAACUCUGCGUCUGUGUUCCGCUUAAAACGUUUGAUGCGACAACGUUGCGAGGCAGUUAGAAUCUAGAGCCCUCGCCGCGAUGUUCUGGCUCGGUUUCGGUCUCCUGCUGAUAGCACUUACCAUAUACCUGCUGUAUGUCUUCGAGCACCAGAGCAGGAUCGACCGGCUCACCCACAAUUGGCCGGGUCCACCGGCCCUGCCGAUCAUUGGCCAUCUCCACAUCCUGGCCAAAUUGGUGGGACCACAUCCGCUUCGUCGGGCCACCGAAAUGGUCACCAACCAUCUAAAGGAUCAUCGCGGGAAACUGUGGAUGGGCACAAAGCUCUAUUUGCUGGAUUGCAAUCCCAAGGAUAUUCAAGCACUCUGUAGUGCCCAGCAGCUCUUGCAGAAGACCUCCGACUAUUCUGUCUUCGAGAACUGGCUUUGCGAGGGUCUCUUCACCAGUGGUUUUGAGAAGUGGUCUCAUCGCCGGAAGAUCAUCAUGCCAGCCUUUAAUUACGCGAUGGUCAAGCAGUUUGUAAAUGUCUUUGAGCGGCAGUCACGGAUUCUUUUGACCAGGAUUGCGAAUUUUGCGGAUUCCGGGGAGUCGUUGGAUUUCCUUAAGUUGAUUAGUUGCUUUACGUUGGACACUAUUUGUGAAACGGCCCUUGGGGUCUCUGUGUGUUCUCAAACAAACGUCAAGUCGGAAUACCUCGAUGCUGUUCAAGAAAUCCUUGUGAUCAUCGAUAAGCGGCUAAAAAACCUAUUCUAUCGCAUUCCGUAUAUUUUCCGCCGUACGUUACAUUUUAAGCGCGAACAAGAGUUGGUAAAAAUACUUCACGGUUUCACGGAGGGCAUUAUCCAGAAGCGUAUGGAUGAGAUCAGCCAGGAUGAGGAGAAUCGCAACGAGGAGAGCACCAAGAAUACGGAAACGAAUGGAUUAAGGCCGACACAAUGUUUUUUGAAUAGCCUGCUCCUGGCAAAAGAUCCUGCUGGUCAACCCUUGACGGUCAAGGAUAUUCGUGAGGAAGUGGAUACCAUUAUAUUCGGGGGCUUUGAUCUCACGGCCACCACUCUCAAGUUCUUCAUGUACAACAUGACGCUUCAUCCGGAACAUCAGGAGCGAUGUCGGGAGGAGGUGUGGUCGGUAUGUGGCCGGGACAAAAGCGAACCCAUCACCAUGGAGCAGGUGCGUCAACUGGAGUUCAUCGAGGCUUGUGUAAAAGAGACACUUCGCAUGUAUCCUUCGGGUCCACUCACCGCCAGAAGAGCCACAGCCAACUGUCAAAUUAAUGACUUUUUCAUACCCAAGGGUAGUGAUGUGAUCAUCUCGCCAAUUUACAUGGGUCGUUGCAAGGAUUUCUUUCCGGAUCCAUUGGUCUUCAAGCCGGAUCGAUGGGCGAAUGGAGCGGAGCCCAAGAUUGAGGCCACCACCUUUAUACCCUUUAUGACGGGGGCACGGAGUUGUUUGGGCCAGCGUUAUGCGAUGGUGAUGCUCAAGGUGGUUCUGGCCCACCUGCUGAGAAACUUCCUGUUUGAGCCUCUGGGCGAGCGACAGGCGAAAAUGAAGCUCAACUUUGUGAUCACCCUCCACACCGUUGAACCGUAUCUCUGUAAAGUGAAGAAUAUCGAUUGAGGCUAGCCAAGAGUCUGUUAUCUUGGUAAAUAAAGAUAGCUUAUUAUUAAGAUACUA